AUAAUUUCUUAUGACAAAACACUAUCAGAUUUCCUCCUGAGAAUGUAUAUAUAAAUGGAAAUCAUGCAGAUUUUAGGCGGUUCGACAAAGAUGCAAUUUUUCCAAAUAGACUCUCUGUCUGUGAUGAUACACAUAGUUAUUCAGCUCACCAAGACGCGAUCAGUCUUCAGACAUGGAAACAAAGAACAGAUUACCAUGGAUUGUGCCCAUGAUUAGUGCAAUUUUUGGAUAUCACUGUGAUAUGAAUGUGGAAGAAAACUACUCAAGCAAUAUGUUCAACGAAAGUAAUAUUUCAACGAUAUCCUCACCCAUUAGGAUGUCUUCAACAGAUGAAUUCAUCUCGCAGGACAGUUUACGAUCCAUAAAAUUUGCUUUUGGUAUGAUUAUCAUACCAGUACUAUCAAUGUUUGGAGCUAUAGGAAAUAUUUUAAGUUUGGUGGUCCUAUUUCAACACCGCAUGAGAAGUGCAACCAACUUUAUAUUAGCGGCUUUGUCUGUGUCUGAUUUUUUGUUUUUAAUUCACAGCCUGCUUUUUUCUGGAAUUAACAUACAAAUAUUCCUGGACCCCUUUCGAGGAAAAAAUGUUCGGAAUAUCAUGUAUCCAGUGUUUGGAGCCUAUGGGAGUUUGGUGACUGCUCGCAUCACAUCAUGGUUAACAGCACUGUUAAGUGUGGAACGUUUCAUAGCGGUGCACUUUCCAAUGAAAGCAAGACGCUUUUGUAGUAAGAAACAUACACUUAUUGCGAUAUUUGUAAUCUACAUUUUCACAAUCAUCAUGUUUCUACCCUAUGCACUGAGGUACAAAGUCAUACAAAAAAUCAAAAGAAACAUGACCUACUCUAUAUUGCUGAAAUCUGAUCUCGGUGCUAAUGUAGAUUUUUAUGAAACCUACGGAAUUCUUAUGAACAUCUUGUUCAGGUUUUUGCCGAUUCUAAUGUUAUUCAUUCUCAACCCUCUAAUCAUCUACGUGGUAAAAAAAACGUGGGCACGACGUCAGAGUAUGACUUCAAAUUUAAGCGUUCAGUAUAAACACGGUUCGGGAGAACAGUCUCACAUUACCAUAAUGUUGAUGAUAGUGACCUUUCUAUUUGCUGCCUGCAUUUUACCGGGUGCGUUGAACAGCACUGCUUCCCAUAUAUGGACAGAAUAUUCGAAAUUCGGAAAGGCAAGGAAUCUAAAAGAAUGUAUAUCUUAUAUAACUUAUUUUUUAGAGACACUUAAUUCCUCUGUGAACUUUUUGAUAUACAUGGCCCUCAGUAAAAAGUUCUGUGUAACUUAUAAGGAAAUGUUCUGCUGUAAAAAGAGACAAAAUCAUUCAAUGAGCUGGGGCAGCUAUCACUCAAAGGAGAGGACGAUGGAAAAUCGGAAUCAACGCAAAGCAACCAUUAUGAGUGGAAACAGUGAUUCUAGAUACUUUGUUAUUGAGAACAGGAUUAGUAUGGAGCCAUUACACUGAAACUACUAAAUUUUGAGUAAGACCAGGUAUAUUUUGAAUAAAUGGCUGAUCUUGUCCUUUUCAAAACUGAAGAAGAUACUUUUGAUAUGUAUUUUAAGCAAUAACACUGAUUAA